ACCGUUCCGCAUCCACGGGAAAGAUCCUAGCUAGGGUCUCAUUACGGAGUCUCAUGGCCACAAAGGCACAAACUACCGCUCGAACAGGGCGGUUCUCGUUUUACCACCUGUGUGUUCUAUUUCUCGUCCUGUUCCGCUCUUGUUUCAAGAUCAUCCGCGUAGCUCCCAACCCUUCUACGUGCCUCGGGCGCAAUGAGUCCUCGCAAAGCCCUUGGGGCUGUGGUUUUGAUCAUAUGUCUAUGCAAUGCUCUGCCAUCAGUGCCUGUUGCUACGAAUCCGAUUAUUACCACUGCUACUGUGUCGACAGUCGUGCCUUCUUUGCUUACCAUAUAUUCUGUCGUGCCCGCUACCGAACAAUCUGACACGACUUCAGUGAUCACAACCACGAUCAAUGGCCAACAGACAACGUUGACACCAUCAGACAGCGUAGUAGCGGGCUCCGUGACGAGCACCAUCAUCUCUACCAUUUCAAUAACAACCACCGAGGUCGUCGUCAAAACAAUAGGUUAUUCAACAGUUCUGGGCCCUGAUACAGCCACAUCGACCAUCUCUUCAACCACGUCUAUACCCAUUACCAACACGACAGUAUCGUCAUCAUCGCCAGCAACAUCCAUUGCAAUCUCACAAACACCAACCAGCCAGGCUCUUGUUCAGACAAUCUCCACAACCGGAAUAGUGAGCUCCUCGACUAUCGUUUCUGCUAGCUCCAGGGUUUCGAGCACCUCGACCCAGGACAUCAUCUCGAGCUCGUCGACAACAUCAUCUGCCUCCUCGACAGCCAGUACGAUCAGUGCACUAUCCAAGUCUUCGUCGCACUCGUUAUCUGCAGGUGCCAAGGCUGGAAUCGGCAUUGGCGUCGCUGUCGGUGUUCUGGGUUUGAUCGUUGGAUCUUUCUGUCUAGGACGACGAGUCUCGCGCCGGAGUAAGGCAGAGGGCGCCGAGAGUUCCAAUGACCCCGCGCCAGGCAUUACCGAGGAGAAGGAUGCCUUUCGAGCCGGCCGCCCUUACGAAGACACGGCACCGACAAAGCUCGGCGCUAGAUCAUUGAGUCCCAAGAAUGGCUAUUCAGGUACUACAACAGAAGUGGGUAGUGGAUCUUUGGAGAGAGAGUCAAUCAGCACUUCGAGCCCAACAAUGCCUGCGUACCAAUAUAACAAUCCGCGGCUUUCCGCCCUUCCACAGCUGCAGGACAAUGAUCCGAUGUAUGUUGGAGUACCGAGCCACAUGUCGGGGUCAAAACGUUGGAGUAUGAAAGAGUACGAGAUGUGAUGAUGUCCACUGAUCAGCAAUCAGCGUCGUGGAUGGUUUGGGGCUGAGAGGAUAAGGGUUCGGGACAAGUCUCCCUGCAACAGCGGUUGGAAGUCGAUGCCCAGCGACCACGGAGACCUCGUGACAUGGACACCAUUCACAAAGCCAGAGGUUACAC